AUGGCUGUAUCAUACACGAAGUUGAUAAAGAAACCAAAUAGUAAAUGUUCAAGGUGGAAGAAGAAAGCAGUAAAACACCAUGCGGCCCUGGUGCAGAACGAAUCCAAAUAUGACUCGUCUAGUUUACAAGGUGAAACAGAUGCACUGACAUCAUCAUGCUUAUCACAGAAUGACGUCUACUCCAACCUUAACACUUGUGAUGAUUCCAUAACAUAUACCGAGAGUUUGGAAGUAGAUGUCAUCUACUCUGCGCCACCCCUUCAGGAUUUGUAUCGUUAUCACGUGUUCUUCUCUCAUUCCCCGGAAGACCAGUCAUGGGUAUUCGAUAUCGUCACCAGGCUCCAAUCAGAACCCUACAACUACAGGUGCUACUACAGUGGCGGGAAUUCCAACCAACCACAACCGAAAUUUUUACCAAACGAAUUAUGUGCCGCCAUGUUGAGCGAACGUGUGGUAGUUGUUCUCACGAGACAUUACGUGAAAUCAACAUGGUUUGAAUUCCAGGAUGUACUUCAAAACUUAACACAGUGCAGUUUGUAUAGACAGCGCAUGCUCACUGUGCUUUUAAGGGAAUGUUCCAUACCAGAACCACUUCAAAAUCUAGGCUUUCUGGAUGCAAGAGAAAGUGACUUUUUCAGAUGUCUGGUCCGGCAUUUAAAGAGCGAAGGAUUGCCGAGAAGUUCCGAGUCUUUCAGUAGUGAAAUGAGCUGCAUCCUCUAUUCCCCAACAAACAUCGAGAAUGGACAACUUCUAGCCACUGUGCAGAUAGACGUGGUUGGUCGCUGGAAGGCGCAACUUAUCUGUAGAGACGAUGACGAUGUUCCUACUCCUCUCUGUUGUCAUGGUGUUAGCAUGAGUUACGGAGAAUUUAUAAACAUACUUCAGACAUUGACUGGUCCGACAAAUGAUGACAGGAUGUUCAACUUCCUGUUCUCGCUUCGACCAAUCCUGAUCCUUCUCGUUGCAAUAGGGGUGUGGCUAGCCACCUUUAUUUUUAUACUUAUAUUUCUCAGAGAUGAAUCAAAAGAAAGUGCCUUGGGUGUCAGACUACCCGUGUUUUCUUUGCCCAUGCUGUUUGUACUGUACGGAUAUGGCAUUCGAUGGAAACGUCAGCAGCAAAAAGACAGGAUUGUAAAGUCGAUGCUUCUUUACUGUGUGACGUUAAAUGAACGUUUGUACGAGUCGGAGAGGCCGGUUUUACUAACAGUCACAUCAGCCAGCAAAGGAGUGUUUUCUAUACAUUUUUUGUAUUUUUGUGUUUUCGACUGUGUGGGAGACGUUGACUUAUUGCUGAACACUUACAUGGAGGAAGAUGCAGAGAAAUUUGCGACCCUUAUAGAGUUGUAUACCAAAAAUCAGGACUAUGUUAUACAGGGCACGAUGGCAGAACGAUUAUGUGUGAUGUUGUCUUCGUCCUACUUACAUCGAAUGCUUCAGAAACAGCUCCCCAAGUCCUCUCAACAACGCCAUACAAACCACACUUUCUGUCUUUGUCAAUUCAUCGAAAUUUUUGUUGAGGACUUCUUUGGGUGCCUUACAAAGAAAAAACUUGUGAAGGACCUGCGUCUAGUGCUACACAGACAUCUUAAUUUUUUUAUCAAGAAAGAGAUCCUGCGUGGAUACGAGGACAAAUUAGCGAUCACUGAAGACUUCAGUUUCAUCUCUACAGCGUAA